AUGAAGUCCCUACUAGACGUUGAAGUUCCUUCAAAAGCAGACAAUUUAAGGACCGAGCAAAACGACAUUCACCAAGAAGCGAUAAACGCCUGGAUCAAAUGGAAAAAUCUCGCAGUGAGAUGGUCGUGUUCAGUCGAGGAUGGCAAGUAUAAUGCGCUGGACCUGUACCGUGAAGUUGAUGUCCUGGCCUGGUUUAGAGAUUAUGCAGAGCGCGAGCGUCCUGCUAUCGCAGCAUUGGCAAGGGUUUAUCUUCGGAAACCGUGGUCAACAGCAAUUCAAGAGCGAUUUUUCAGUCUUAGUGGGUAUGUGGUGAACCAAUUACGAACUCGUCUAGACGAAGAUUGA